AACCGUUAACUGCACUCGUUUCACAUGCUUAUCGGCUUGCGACGAUAAAGCUAAGUCCGAAACAAACGGGAACCCGAUAAUGCAUCGGUGUGCUGGAGCAGCUCAUUCGGCCUUCAGUCCUUUCAGACUUCGGUGGUGAAUUUUAGAGACUCUCAAUCCACGGAAAACGAAAGUAUUUGUCGAAAAUGCCGGAAAAAUUGGAUUACGUAACGACCCUGUCCCCAGAGAUGAUUGAAAAGGCCGAGAAAGAACUGGGAGAAGAUGAGCAUCGGCGAACCGAAAGUGUUUUGGCUCUUCGUGAGUGGGUCAAGAAACAACCCCAUUUGCGUGCUAUGCCCCUAGAUGCCAAAUUCCUGUUGAGAUAUUUACGUGGCUGCAAGUACAGCAUGGAGAAAACUAAGACGAAGUUGGACCUGACCUUGACGUUGCGCAGUGCUCUACCGGAAUUCUUCAGCGGAUGGGAUCCGCUAUCAGCUGAAAAUCAAGCCGCUCUUAGUCAUGGAGGAACUCUUCCUUUACCGGGACAUGACCACCUAGGACGUAAGGUGGUCCUGAUUCGACCCGGAGUAUUCGAUCCGGCUAAAAUAAAGAUUGAAAACAUCCAGCGGGCAAGUUUCAUGGUCUGGGAUAUCAUGAGUGACGAGGACGAGCAAAUGUUUGUCACUGGAAUGCUUUUGCUAUUCGACUUUUCCGACUACGGAAUGAAUCACUUCACGGCCAUGCCACUGUCUAUGAUUAAAAAGCUGAUGCCUUGCUGGGAGGAAGCCUCGCCGCUCCGGCCCAAGAGUAUGAAUUACAUCCACACGCCAUCCAUCUUCAAUCUGAUCAACAAUCUGAUCAAUACCGUCAUGAAGGAUAACAAGAUGAAACAGAGGUUGCGCGUGCAUGGGGAGGACAGGGAGUCGCUCUACAAGGAAAUUUCCAAGGACGUUCUGCCCAAAGAGUACGGCGGAGAUAACAUGUCUCUUGCCGAGCUUACCAAUUACUGGAAGAAGAAAUGUGAGGAUCGACGUGAUUUCCUGAUUGGACAAUCGCAAAUGAAGUCGGACGAAGCCAAACGUCCCGGCCGACCCAAAACAACCGACGAACUAUUCGGAAUCGAGGGAUCCUUCCGCAAACUGAACGUUGACUGAGUUGAACAAAACAUUUUUGUACAAAAAUUAGUAAAUUGGGCCAUUAUAUUGAAAUAAUUGAAUAGGUUUAUUUUGAGUUUUUCUUUAUUCCCUGCUUAUUUUUUUUAUUUUUCGGUCAAUUUGUUUGGUCAAAACUAAAAACAAAGGAUCAGCAUGAUUGGCAAAGUUGAAACUUAUCUCUGUAUAAUCUCGACAGCAGCUUUACAGCAAAUAGAGCCCAAACUUUGUGUUAUCAGUCUGAACCGAUUUAGCCAAGGCUGUGUGUAACACGAUAAAAUGAUUACACGACACUUUUCAACCA